CAGCACGCCGGGAGUCAUCAGUUGACUUCGCAAGGCCGCGCCGUGAGGUUCUUUCAGUGAACGCACUCGUCUGCCGCUCGGACUGUUGGCAAUUGCACGCACGAUGCCCGACCUCAGGGGUAAAGUGGCCAUCAUAACGGGUGCUUCGUCGGGCAUUGGGGAAGCCACGGCUUUGCGUUUCGCCUCGCACGGCUGCUGGCUUACGCUGACAGCGCGAAACCAAGCGGCCUUAGAAAGCGUGGCCGAUGCGUGCCGUGCAAAGGGUGUUCCACAUGACAAGGUGCUAGUAGCACCAGGAGACAUAACGGUAGAGGAGGACAUUCGUGCUGUAGUUGAGAAGACCGCAAAGCACUUUGGGCAAAUUGACAUACUGGUGAACAACGCAGGAAUAACUAUGACGCGGACACUCGAAAAUUCUACGAUAGAAGACUACAACCGCGUCUGGGAAACGAAUUUUCGUGGUCCACUUUUGAUGAUAAAAUACGCUGUGCCACAUUUACGCCGAGCAAAAGGCAGCAUCGUGAAUGUGUCGAGCGUGGCAUCGACAAUUGCGGUGAACACUGCAACUCCUUACUGCGUGGCUAAAGCAGCACUAGAUCACCUGUCACGAUGCGCGGCACUGGAGAAUGCUCCGUUCGGGGUGCGCGUCAACACUGUAACCCCAGCGGUCAUCAAAACGCCCAUAGCAAAACAUCCUGGGGUCUCCUUGGAAGAUCACAUGCGGACGCUGGAGUUGACCGGCACCGCUCACGCCUUGGGGAGACCGGGGACGGCGGACGAGGUAGCCCGUUGCAUCGCCUUCCUGGCCUCGGACGACGCCUCCUUCGUCACUGGCAUCACGAUGCCCGUCGACGGCGGCAUGCAACUCUUGUCCAGUCUCAACCGCCGGAGUAUUUCACAACUGCCCCAGAAGCCUGCGUGAUGGCCAGUCGCAAUAUCAUGUAUGCACGGUAAACGGGAGGAGGUCGAGGAAGAAGUCGAUAAAGUUGCACUUGCGUUUGUUUUGCAGGCAUUUUUGUCAAUAUUGUUCGAAGGCAAAACGAGAGUACUUGUAUGCGCUAAUAAAUGUACACUGGUUACGUAACUGCUUAUCAU